CAUUUCUUGGCUUGUACUGUAGGUGCGACAGAUGGGAUUGGAAGAGCCUAUGCAGAAGAGUUAGCAAGCCGUGGUCUCAAUAUCAUCCUGAUUAGUCGGAACCAAGAGAAGUUGCAGAUGGUUGCUAAAGACAUAGCUGACACCUACAGAGUGGAAACCGAUAUUAUAGUUGCAGACUUCAGCAACGGCCGUGAGAUCUAUGACCCGAUCCGAGAAGCCUUGAAAGACAAAGACAUUGGCAUCCUGGUAAAUAACGUAGGCGUGUUUUAUCCCUACCCCCAGUAUUUUACUCAGGUCUCCGAGGACAAACUCUGGGACAUCAUAAACGUGAACAUGGCCGCAGCUAGCUUGAUGGUCCACAUGGUAUUACCGGGAAUGGUGGAGAGAAAGAAGGGCGCUGUUGUCACCAUCUCCUCUGGCUCCUGCUGCAAACCAACUCCCCAGCUGGCUGUAUUUUCCGCUUCCAAGGCAUAUUUAGACCACUUCAGCAGGGCACUGCAGUAUGAAUAUGCUUCCAAAGGAAUCUUUGUGCAGAGUCUGAUCCCUUUCUACGUGGCUACCAACAGGACCGCACCUGGCAGCUUUCUGCACAAGUGCUCGUGGUUGGUGCCCUCACCCAAAGUAUACGCGCAUCACGCUGUUUCUACUCUUGGCAUUUCAAAAAGGACCACAGGAUACUGGUCCCAUUCUAUCCAGGUAAUAGUAUGCGCUUCACUCUUGUAAUUAGGUUAAUGCAUCUGAGACUUUUCUAAGUGAUGCAUGGGACUCUGACUGAAGCCUACUGCUCACAAAUGAGAUUUAUUAGAUUCUGAUUCUUAAACCUGACACCCUGAAUGGUUCUUGUUAGGUCACUAAAUUCUCUUUUGUGGAAUUAUUAUAUCAAGGACAUUUAAAAGUUGAG